AACGUUGCCGAGGCUGAACGUUGCGCUCGGAUGAAACCUGAAUAGGGGAUCGAUGUGUACCGGUGUGAAACUCGUACUAAAAAAAAUGCAUACACUCAAAAAUGAAAAGAAAAAAUUAAAUAUCCAAAAGAGAUUGUAGGGGAAUGAUAUAAGCGAAAUAUACAUGUAAACAGAUAUAAUUUCGAGAAACACAUGCGGAUUGUUCCUUUCAACGUAUAAGGAAAAAAUUUGUUGUAGUCUAAUUAUGUUGUAAUCAUUUUGAUAUUUUCUUUACAAAGUCGCUUUCUUUCUCUCUCCAAGAUUCAGAUAUUUAUCUUCAAGUUCUUGAACAACUAUCGCACGUUGCUUAUAAUUGUUAUUCUUGCUACUUUCUGAGCUUUUAAUCGCACCCGGCCGUAUAAUAAUAUUAUUAAACUGCAAAGUUUGUCAUAUGAUACAAGACAGCGGAUAAACUUUAUCAGCUGAUCGUAACAGCUGUUUCGCACAAUUUGCCAGAUUUGCGUACAGCGAUCGCGCAGCAGCGAUUUAUUUCUUUAUUACAAGUUCCACGUAGUUCCACGAGAUUUUGUAGAUUCAAUUAACAAAUAUUGGAGUCGUUCGACAAUCCUGGCAAUGCGCGACUUGUUUUGGUAGAUGAGACGAUCAUUUUAGGGGUGUUGAAUUAUCAAGUGUCAGACGGAUUUAGAGAGCUUCCGCAAAAUGUCUAUCAACAUAGACAUAAAAUUGAAACGCGCAAGCAAAAUAUAUCACGAAGGGGAGGUGGUCGCUGGUCUGAUAUUGCUGAAAACUAACUCGGACGUGAAACACGAUGGGAUUUUUCUUACUAUGGAAGGAUCGGUAAAUUUGCAGCUUAGCUCGAAGAACGUCGGCAUUUUUGAAGCGUUUUACAAUUCGGUUAAGCCGAUACAGUUGGUGCAGUAUACACUAGAUGUUGCUCCAUCGGGAAAGAUUCCAAGUGGCAAGACAGAAAUACCGUUUGAAUUACCGUUAAAGCCAAGAGGAAGCAAGUCUCUCUACGAGACGUAUCAUGGAGUCUUUGUAAAUAUACAGUACCUGAUACGCUGUGAUAUAAAAAGAAGCUUCCUUGCAAAAGAUGUGAGCAAGUCGUUGGAGUUCAUAGUGGAGGACAAACCAAGUACCAAGAUCGAGAAGGAACAUAGUAAAAUCGUGUUCUUCAAAAUCAUGCCGGAAUCCUUGCAAAAUACCAGGGACAGACCGAACGUGCCAAAGUUUUGUAUUUCAGGAAGAUUAGACUCUUUGUACUGCAAAAUUUCGGAGCCUCUGACAGGAGAGGUAGUAAUUGAACACUGUGAGGCUGUUAUAAAGUCCAUCGAGCUGCAGCUGGUAAGGGUGGAAACGUGCGGAUGCGCGGAAGGAUACUCCAGAGAUGCGACGGAGAUACAAAAUAUACAAAUUGGCGAGGGCAAUGCUUGCACGAAUCUUGCCAUUCCGAUAUACAUGAUAUUCCCGAGAUUAUUUACAUGUCCUACCUUGAGCACGAGCAAUUUCAAAGUUGGUAAGAAUAUCGUCUGUUCAUCUUCCCCACAAAAAAAAACGUGCGUUACAGAGAUUGAUGAUAUGCAAUUCUUUUUCAGAGUUUGAGGUAAAUCUUAUCGUUGUCUUUGAAGACGACUACUUGGUUACUGAGAACUUUCCUAUUAUACUCUCGCGGUAUUGAAAAUUGUAGAAUAGAAAAUGGUUUUGUAAAAUACUGUUUGUAAAUUUUUAUCAUAUAAAAUAUUUACUUGGUUACCAUAUAUAUGCAUUUAAAAAGUGUAUAUAAAAGAUAAUACACACGUUCUUCACACGCAUCAAUGA